CUCCCAGGUUCGGCUGGCUUCCCCUGCCUGCCUGUGGCCCACUGUCCUGUGUGGCUCAGCUCUUGGCAGGUGACGAGGGUUUGUCAUCCUGCUGCAGUGGGUUCUUUCUUACCUCUCAUUUGAGUCCCCUGUCUGGAAUGCCUGCCAUCCCUUUUCUUUCUCAGAGUCAGACUAUUGUGUUCAAAUCCCCAAUCUACCAAAUACCAGCAUGUGACCUGGGACAAGUUGCUUAGCCCUCCUAAGCCUAUUUCCUCAUCUAUACAUCAAGAGUUAUAAUACCCUGAAGUGUGAUGGAAAGGCAUUGGAAGAUUUCAAGAUUUUUGUGCUGACUAAAUGACAUAAUGCAUAUAAGCACUUAACAAAGUGACUGACCCAUAGAAGCACUCAGCAAGUAUUAACUUUGAUGAUGAUGAUGAUUCACACAGCUCACAGCCCCCGAGACUGAGCUAAGUGCUCUUCCUUCCCUGUUGCCGUUGAGUCGAUUCCGACUCAUCGGGAAGCUAUAGAACGGAGUAGAACUGCCCUAUAGGGUUUCCAAGGCUGUAAUCUUUAUGGAAGCAGACUGCCACAUCUUUCUCCCACAGAGUGGCUAGUGGAUUCAAACCGCCAACCUUUUGGUUAGCAGCCGAGUGCUUUAACCACUGCGCCACCAGGGCUUCUUUGCACUUCCUUAGUGUUCUCAUAUUAUUCUGUGAUGCCUCUAUUAUUUUUGCACAUACCACAUUGUUCUGUGAUUGUAUCUAUCUCCCCUGCUAGACUAAGAGUACCUUCAGUGCUUCAUUUGAUAAAUGUUCAUUUGGGACUGUGCUAGGCACUAGGGAUUCAGUGGUGAACCAGGAGCUCUUGGUCUAGUGCGGAGCUUGUCUCAUGGUCAAAUAAAUUUGGGAAAUGCUAUGCAUCAUUGCCCGCUCUUAGAGAUUACCAGUAAACCAGUUGUUGGCUGGUUUUUUGGAAGUAGAUCACCAGGCUUUUCUUCUGAAGUGCCUCUGGGUGGACUCGAAUCUCCAGCCUUUCAGUUAGCAGCUGAGCAUGUUAACUGUUUGCAUCACCCAGGACUCCCUUAGAGAUUAGGAUCCAUAUUAAAAAGUAUGAGUAUUUUAAAGCUUCUGAGAAGUCCUGUAGUAAAGGAGCCUGUUUACUUUCUCUAACCCAGCUUUGCCAGGUUUAAUGAGCGCUUUUUGAAUAAAUCUGAGUGAUUUAGAUAGUCCAUUCAACUCCAUCAUGUGCUUUGGUCCCCAGCUCAAAAGGAGGUCGAAGUGGCACAGCAAUGGUCAGAAACCCUGCUGGGAGUGUACAGCCUCUGGCUGCCUAGGGGCCUGUGGCCUUACUGUCUGGUGCCCAUGGAGACAGGAGGCCCUGGGUUGAACAACAUGAAGCCCCAGUCACUGCAGCUGGUGCUGGAGGGGCAAGUGCUGGCACUACAGCAGCAGAUGGCAGAGAACCAGGCAGCCUCCUGGCGAAAGCUGAAGAGCUCCCAGGAGGCCCAGCAGAGGCAAGCAUCCCUUGUGAGGAAGCUGCAGGCCAAGGUGUUGCAGUACCGGAACUGGUGCCAAGAGCUGGAGAAGCGGCUAGAAGCCACUGGGGGACCGAUCCCUCAGAGGUGGGAAAGCAUGGAGGAGUCAAACCUGGAACAGCUGCUAAUCCGAUUGGAGGACGAGCAACAGAGGUGUGAGAAUCUAGCAGAGGUGAACACCCAGCUUCGGCUACACAUGGAAAAAGCUGACGUGGUGAAUAAAGCCCUUCGGGAAGAUGUGGAAAAAUUGACAGUGGACUGGAGCCGAGCCCGGGACGAGCUAAUGAGGAAGGAGAGCCAGUGGCAGAUGGAGCAGGAGUUCUUCAAGGGCUACUUGAAAGGGGAGCAUGGUCGCCUUCUCAGCCUAUGGAGGCAGGUGGUGACCUUUCGACGCCACUUCCUGGAAAUGAAGUCAGCCACUGACAGAGAUCUGACGGAGCUAAAGGCUGAGCACAUGAGGCUUUCAGGGUCACUGUUGACCUCUUGUCUGCGCUUGACUAUGGGAACACAGUCUCGGGAAUCCGAUGGAUCUGGGAGACUGGACGGGAGUGAGCCAGCCCAGCUGCUGCUGCUAUUAGCCAAGACCCAGGAGCUGGAGAAGGAAGCGCACGAAAAGAGCCAGGAGUUAAUACACCUGAAGAGUCAAGGAGAUCUGGAGAAGGCCGAGCUUCAGGACCGGGUAACCGAGCUCUCUGCUCUGCUGACCCAGUCCCAGAAGCAGAAUGAAGAGUAUGAAAAGAUGGUAAAGGCUCUGAGAGAGACCAUGGAGAUCCUGGAGACAAAUCAUGCAGAAUUAAUGGAACAUGAGACAUCUCUUAGUAGGAAUGCCCAAGAGGAGAAGCUUUCUUUACAGCAGGUGAUCAAGGAUAUAACCCAGGCCAUGAUGGAAGAAGGGGACAAUAUGGCCAAAGCCUGCGGUCAUGAGAGCUCCUUGGAGUUGGAUUCUAGUAGCUUCUUCUCCCAGCUUGACACCCAGGACCCAGACAAGGCUCUUACUCUUGUGCGUUCAGUGCUGACCCGGAGACGCCAGGCCGUGCAGGACCUAAGGCAGCAGCUUUCCGGCUGUCAGGAAGCUGUGAACCUCUUGCAGCGGCAGCAUGACCAGUGGGAGGAAGAGGGUGAGGCCUUGCGACAGCGGCUGCAGAGGCUCACUGGGGAGCGGGAUGCCCUGGCAGGGCAGACGGUGGACCUCCAGGGAGAGGUGAACUCACUCAGCAAGGAACGAGAGCUCCUAGAGAAGGCCAGGGAAGGGCUGCAGCAGCAACUGGAAGUGCUGGAGCAAGAGGCCUGGCGACUGCGAAGGGCAAAUGUGGAGCUUCAGCUGCAGGGGGACUCUGCCCAGGGGGAGAAGGAGGAGCAGCAGGAGGAGCUGCACCUGGCUGUCCGCGAAAGGGAGCGCCUUCAGGAGAUGCUGGUGGGCCUGGAAGCCAAACAGUCGGAAUCCCUCAGUGAACUGAUCACUCUUCGGGAAGCCCUGGAGUCGAGUCGCCUGGAAGGGGAGUUACUGAGGCAGGAGCAAGCAGAAGUGACUGCAGCGCUGGCUAGGGCAGAACAGUCAAUUGCAGAGCUAUCGAGUUCUGAGAACAGCCUGAAGGUGGAGGUAGCUGAUCUUCGGGCUGCAGCUGUCAAGCUCAGUGCCUUAAAUGAGGCUUUGGCCUUAGAUAAAGUUGGACUGAAUCAGCAGCUUCUCCAGUUAGAACAGGAGAACCAGUCUGCAUGCAGCAGAAUGGAGGCAGCAGAGCAGGCAAGAAAUGCUUUGCAUAUGGACCUGGCAGAGGCAGAGAGGAGCAGGGAAGCUCUGUGGGAACAGAAAACUCACCUGGAGGCACAGCUGCAGAAAGCAGAGGAGACGGAGGCUGAGCUGCAGGCAGAUCUCAGGGGCAUCCAAGAAGAGAAGGAAGAAAUUCAAGGGAAGCUGAGCGAGGUGUGCCACCAGCAGGAGGCAACCACAGCUCAGCUGGAGCAGCUACAGCAGGAGGCAAAGCGACAAGAAGAAGUUCUGGCCAGGGCAGUCCAGGAGAAGGAGGCCCUAGUACGAGAGAAGGCGGCUUUAGAGGUGCGGCUGCAAGCUGUGGAGCGGGACCGGCAGAGCCUCUCUGAGCAACUACUGGGGCUCAGCUCAGCCAAGGAGCUACUGGAGAGCAGUCUCUAUGAGGCCCAACAACAAAAUUCUCUGAUAGAGGUCACCAAGGGGCAGCUGGAGGUCCAGAUUCAAACUGUUACGCAAGCCAAAGACGUGAUCCAAGGGGAGGUGAGGUGCCUGAAGCUGGAACUGGACACUGAACGGAGACGGGCAGAGCAGGAGCGGGAUGCAGCAUCCAGACAGCUGGCCCUGGCUGAACAAGAGAGGCAGACUGCCCUGCAGCAGCAGAAGGCAGCCCAUGAAGAGGAGGUGGACCGGCUCCAGGAGAAAUGGGAGAAAGAGCGCUCCUGGCACCAGCAGGAGCUGGAUAAGACUGUGGAGGUCGUAAAGAGGGAGAAAAUGGAACUGGAAACGAGACUGAGGGAGCAGCAGGCAGAAACCGAGGCCAUCCGGUUGCAGAAGGAGGAAGAACGGGCCCAGGCUGAGAGUGCCCUGUGCCAGAUGCGGCUCGAGACGGAGAAGGAGAGAGUGUCCCUGCUGGAGACACUGCUGCAGACCCAGAAGGAGCUGGCAGAUGCCAGCCAACAACUGGAACGACUGAGGCAGGACAUGAAGGUUCAGAAGCUGAAGGAGCAGGAGACCAGUGAGAUGCUGCAGGCCCAGCUCCAGGAGGCCCAGCGGGAACUGGAGGAGGCAGCCCAGCAGCACAGAGAUGACCUUGUUGCGGUCAAAGCAGAGGGCAACACCCUGCUGCAGGAUAAGAUGGACCUGCAGAAGCAGGUGGAGGACUUAAAGUCUCAGCUCAUUGUCAAGGAUGACUCCUGGAGGCUGAUGGAGCAGGAGGUUCAGGAGAAGCUAAGAGAGGCCCAAGAGUAUAGCCAGAUUCAGAAGGAGCUGGAGAGAGAGAAAGCCAGCCUGACUCAAUCACUGGUGGAAAAGGAACAGAGACUCCUUGUCUUGCAAGAAGCUGACUCUGCUCGACAACAAGAGCUGAGCUCUUUGCGCCAGGACAUGCAGGAGGCCCGGGGAGGGCAGAAAGAGCUCAGUGCCCAGGUGGAGUUACUGAGGCAGGAGGUGAAGGAAAAGGAGGCUGACUUUCUGGCCCAGGAAGCACAGCUGCUGGAGGAGCUGGAGGUAUCCCGGGUCACGGAGCAGCAGCUGCGAGCUUCCUUGUGGGCCCAGGAAGCCAAGGGAGCCCAACUCCAGCUGCGACUGCGAAGCGCGGAGAGCCAGCUGGAGGCGCUGGCGGCAGAGCAGCGGCCCGGGCACCAUGCCCAGGCCCAGCUGGCCAGCCUCUAUUCUGUCCUGCAGCAGAGCCUGGGGCCUGUUUGUGAGAACAGGCCUGAGCUGAGUGGUGGGGGAGACUCUGCUCCCUCCCUCUGGGGCCCUGAGCCAGACCAGAAUGAAGUUAGCAGCCUCUUUAAAGGAGAGCCCCUCCUGACUGCUCUCUCAGCUGAGGCAGUGGCAUCUGCCCUCCACAAGCUUCACCAAGACCUGUGGAAGACUCGACAGGCCCGGGAUAAUCUGAGGGAUCAGGCCCAGAAGCUGGAACAGUGUCUAACUGUUACUGAGGCUGAGAAGAACCAGGUCCACACAGAGUUGCGGGAGCUACAGAGCCAGCUCUCCCAGAGCCAGGAAGAGAAAUCCGAGUGGGAAGGAAAACAGAAAUCCCUAGAAUCUGAACUGAGGGAACUGCAUGAAACUGUGGCAUCCUUACGGAGUCGCCUACAACAAGCAGAGCUACAGGGAAUAGAAGCCCAGAAUGAGCGAGAGCUACUUCAGGCAGCCAAGGAGAACCUGACAGCCCAGGUGGAACGUCUGCAAGCAUCUAUCACAGAAGCCAGAGCUCAAGCAAGUGCUGCUGAAGUCCUGGAAGAAGACCUGAGAACUGCCCGCUCAGCCCUGAAACUGAAAAAUGAGGAGGUGGAGAGUGAACGUGAGAGAGCCCAGGCUCUGCAAGAGCAGGGCGAGCUGAAGGUGGCCCAGGGGAAGGCUUUGCAGGAGAAUCUGGCCCUCCUGGCCCAGGCUGUAUCUAAAAGAGAAGAAGAGGUGGAGACUUUACGGGGGAAAAUCCAGGAACUGGAGACUCAACGGGAAAUGCAGAAGGCUGCUCUGGAAGUGCUGUCUCUGGACCUAAAAAAGAGGAACCAAGAGGUGGAUCUGCAACAAGAACAGAUUCAGGAGCUAGAGAAGUGUAGGUCUGUUUUAGAGCAUCUGCCCAUGGCUGUCCAAGAGCGAGAGCAAAAGCUGUCUGUGCAGAGGGAGCAGAUCAAAGAGCUCGAGAAGGACCAGGAGACUCAGCGGAACAUCUUAGAGCAUCAGCUUCUAGAACUUGAGAAGAAGACCCAAGUGAUUGAGUCCCAGAGAGGCCAGAUUCAGGAUCUGAAAAAGCAGUUGGUUACCCUGGAAUGCCUGGCCCUGGAACUAGAGGAAAACCAUCACAAAAUGGAGUGCCAACAAAAGGCAAUUGAGGAGCUGGAGGGCCAGAGGGAAGUGCAGAGGGUGACUCUGACCCACAUGACACUGGACCUGGAGGAAAGGGGCCAGGAGCUGCAGGCCCAAAGCAGCCAGAUCCGGGAGCUGGAGAGCCACAACACCCUUCUGGCAGGGGAGCUCCAGGAGAGGGACCAGGAGGUGAAGUGCCAGCAAGAACAAAUCGAGGAGCUACAGAGACAGAAGGAGCAUCUGACCCAGGAUCUUGAGAGGAGGGACCAGGAGAUGAGGCUCCAGAAGGAGAGGAUUCAGGUCCUAGAAGAUCAGAGGACACGGCAGACCAAGAUCCUGGAGGAGGACCUGGAACAGAUCAAGCUGUCCUUGAGGGAGCGGGGCCGGGAGCUGGCCUUUCAGAGGCCGCACACGCAGGAGCGGGCAGAGGAAGGGAAGGGCCAGAGUAAGGCACAGCGCGGGAGCCUUGAGCACAUGAAGUUGAUCCUGCGCGACAAGGAGAAGGAGGUGGAAUGCCAGCAGGAGCGGAUCCAGGAACUUCAGGAGCACAAGGACCAGCUGGAGCAGCAGCUCCAGGGCCUACACAGGAAGGUGGGUGAGGCCAGCCUGCUCCUGACACAGCGGGAGCAGGAGGCGGUGGUCCUGCAGCGGCAUCUGCAGGAAGCCAGGGAACAGGGGCAACUGAAAGAGCAAUCACUUCAGGGUCAGCUGGAAAAGGCCCAGAGGACCCUGGUUCAGAGAAACCAGGAGGUGGAGGCCCUGCAGCAGGAACAGCGGCAGGCCCAGGGACAAGAGGAGAGUGUGAAGGAGCAGGCACGCACAUUGCAGGGAGCCCUGGAGCAGGCCCAUGUGGCACUGAAGGAGCGCCAGGAGGAGCUUGAAGACCACAAGGAACAGGUGCGAAGGCUCCAGGAAGAGCUGGCAGUGGAGGGACAGCGGGUACAGGCCCUGGAGGAGGUGUUGGGUGAUGUGAGGGCCGAGUCUCGGGAGCAGGAGAAAGCCCUGUUGGCCCUCCAGCAGCAGUGUGCUGAGUGGGCACAGAAGCAUGAGGCAGAGGCCAGGGCCCUGCAGGACAGCUGGCUGCAGGCAGAGGCAGUGCUCAAGGAACGGGACCAGGAGCUGGAGGCCCUGCGAGCAGAUAACCAGUCCUGCCAGCAUCGGGAGGAGGCUGCCCGGGACCAGGCGGAGGCCCUCCAGGAGGCCCUCAGCAAGGCACAGGCUGCCCUGCAGGAGAAAGAGCAGCAUCUUCUUGGGCAGACAGAGUUGAACCGCAGCCUGGAGGCCAGCACUGCCACCCUGCAGGCUACACUGGACUUCUGCCAAGUGCAAACCCGGCAGCUGGAGGAGGCCCUGAGGAUGCGGGAAGGUGAGAUCCAGGACCAGGAUCUCCGACACCAGGAGGCCAUGCAGCAGCUCCAGCAGGCACUUGCCCAGAGAGAUGAAGAGCUGAGACAUCAGAAGGAACAGGGGCGGCUGCUUGAGACGUUUCUGGCCCAGAGGGAGGGAGAGGAUGUGAUCCAGGGAGGGCAGGGGAAGGAAGAGAUGAGGGAGCUUCGUGAGAAUCUAAGGGAGCUCCAGCUGACGCUAGCCCAAAAGGAAGAGGAGAUCUUGGAGCUGAGAGAAGCCCAGCAAAGAAGGAACCCGAAGGAUUCACCCCAAAGCCACAAAGCCUCCCCAGUGGAGAAGUCCUCUCCAACAUUUGAUUCUUUAGGAUCCAAGAUGCAGCAAGAACUGGAGCGGCUACAGGGAGCCCUGAAGCAGACAGAGGCCAGGGAGAUCGAGUGGAGGGAGAAGGCCCAGGACUUGGCACUGUCCCUGGCCCAGAGCAAGGCCAGUAUCAGCAGUCUGCAGGAGGUGGCCAUGUUUCUACAAUCCUCUGUCCUGGAGCGGGACUCAGAGCAGCAGAAGCUGCAGGAUGAGUUGGACCUCACCAGACAGGCUCUGGAGAAGGAACGGCUACACAGCCCAGGCCCAGCCGGAAGAGCCGAGCCAGGGCCCAGAGGAGAGCAGACUAUACAGCCAGGAGUGGUCUCAGGAGUGGAGGCUAAGCCUAGUCCUGGGAUAGAGGAGAAGCAGAGACAAAGGCUUGAGCACCUACAGCAAGCAGUGGCACAGCUGGAGAUUGACCGGAGCAGGCUGCAGCGCCACAACGUCCAGCUUCGGACCACCUUAGAACAGGUGGAGCGGGAGCGAAGGAAGCUGAAGAGGGACUCCAUGCGUGCUUCCCGGGCAGGAGUCCUGGAGAUCAGCCAAGCCACAGCACCACUACCAACACAGCAGGAUGGAAUAGGAGGACAGAAGGGCUUCUCUGAUGCCAAGCAUAUGGCUGAACUGCAGAAAGAGGUGGCCCUGCUGCGAGCCCAGCUGGCCUUGGAGAGGAAGCAGAAGCAGGACUACAUCGCUCGCUCAGUGCAGACCAGCCGUGAGCUAGCAGGCCUGCACCAGAACCUCUCCCACUCACUGCUUGCUGUGGCCCAGGCCCCGGAGGCCACUGUCCUGGAGGCCGAGACCCGCAAGCUAGACGAGUCCCUGACCCAAAGCCUGGCAUCCCCGGGGCCAAUCCUGCUACACCCCAGCCCCAGCCCCAGCCCUAGUGCUGCCCAAGCCACCCCCAGGUAGCAGCCGCAGCCAGGGCAGGAUAUAGGCCAACCUGGGAGCACUUAGGCAGAUGAUGAUUGUCAAGUGGGUCAUGGCCCAACAACACAGCUAACAGGUUUGCCAAAGGAAGGGUCUGGUUCUGUUGCCUAACCUGGGAGUCCCAGGCCAGCUGACAUUGUCAGGAAGGGGGAUGGGGAAGUCUGGGGGAGAGCCACAAAUCACAUGGAAAUGAGGUGAAUCACAUUCACCUGCUAGCCUUCACCCAGAGGCGUGCCUUGCCCUGCCUUUCACCUAGAAUUUAUUAUCCCAGCACUCCACCCUCUCCUUCCCCUUCCCCUUCAACAAUAAACCCUUGUCUUUGCAUUUGUUUGCUGCUCCUCUCUACUCAUGCAGCUGGGCAGCAGAGGCACAUCAAGGGCACUUAUUGAGGAAGAAUUUGCCAAAGAUUCCUGUCACGUGGCAUGAAUAUUUGGAUGUCAUGUGUCCUGCUAGAGAAGAGUUACAAAAGAAACACAAGACAAAGCCCCUAUCCACAGAGAGCUUGCAGUCUGAUUGAUAAUAAUGGACUAAUGCUCAUUAACGAGUCAGAGACAAUUCUGUGCACUGACUACAGGUGCUAUAGAAAUCCCAAGGGACUGGGGAAGAGAGGCAUAAAGUGGCCCUUGAGGGAUGGAGAGGAGUUAGGAGAGGUGGCUAAGCAUAUUGGAGAAUACUGGUCUGUUUGUGCAGUGUUUCUGUUGGGCUGAGGUUGGAUGUGUGGGGGGAUUAUGGAGGGCCUGGAACCUAGACUUGAACUCAUGAGUUAUGAGGAAACAUCAAAAGUUCUUUCCUUAAAACAAGUUCUGGGGCCUCAAAAGCACCGAGAUGACCUUUGGCUAAAGUCAGAGUCUGGUAUUCAGAGUCUUCUUCUGGCCUCAUUCCUCUUCUACUCUGGGUGAAUGCCACUGAGGUGUCCCUUCCUGGGCAUAUCAGCUGGAACUGACUCUGGUUCCCCUGUAGUUCAACCACAUGUCAAGCCAGUCAAGAGGAUGAACUGUGGCAGAACUUGUCACUUACGCACUGGCAGUGGUGAAGGCAGUCUGGACUGAGCCCAUCCCACAGGCUUAAGACCUAUAGUUGGCAACUUCCUCAAAAUGUAAGAGAGGAGAACAGUUUUCUUCAAAGAAGCAGGACAUGGCCUAUCAUUUCAUUGAGGUCUCUAAGGUUAAGAAGAGUUUAUAAACACAUGUGCACACUAUGCCCCCUUAAGUCUGAAAUCCUGGUUGAUUUUGAAAUUAGAAAAACAUAUUCCAGAGAAAUAACGGAAGUGAUAUUGGACUCCUGGGUUUUUUUGACAUGGUGAUACAUUUGCUGUUGAGAAUCUGGAAUAGAAUAUAGCCCUUUAAUGCCACCAGGACUCCAGUGAGAAAAACAAGCUAGAGUUUUAUUCAGUAGCAAAGUGAUCUCCAUCCAGGGUCCACUUGAAGCCCAGUCCCCUCUUGACAUUCCAAGUCCCCCUUGACUAGUUGUCAGCCUGCUGUGGCCUCCAGUGGGCUGAACAGGUUGGGGACAAUCUCAGUUGUAGACAGCAAUCUCCCUCGCAGUGCAGCCGAUGAAUGACAUUGUACUCUGCCUUGAGAUUGUGCAUGGUGUUCAUGAACCAAUGUUUAUCAUUCCAGUAAUGAGACCACCUUUUGAGAUUGUCUGUUCCAAAACCAAACAAGGAGACCUGGAGAUGAGAUAAGAUAUGAGAUGGGCAUGGGGUGGCAGGUUGGAUCCUGCCCUGUCCCCAUGACUGCCAGCCAUUCAUUCAGCAAGCAUCCACUCAACAUCUAGGGUGACAGGCCACCUUCUUGAGCUGAGAGGGAGAAUCAAAUUCACCUUCUCCAUGGAAGAUAAAUACUGGACAUGGUGAGAUGAAUACAUCCACAGAGUGACCCCAGAGCCCAGAAGAGAGUAUCAACUAGUUGCUUCUGAUCAUGUUGAAGGAAAAGAGAAGAUUCCCCAGGGAGACAAGGGAAGGGCAUUCCAGGCAGAGGGAACAGCAUGUGAGAAGGCAUGAGGCAGCUGUUGUGUUUUAGGAACCCCAAGAAGCCCAGUGUGUGAGCCUGUAAGAGCAGAUGAGGGGAGGAACCAGAUGUAUGAUCUUGAAAGCCAAGCAGAAAUCUUUAGAGACUUUAACCUGAAGUCCCUGGGAAGACAGAAAUUUUUAGUGGUAGAGUGAUGAAGUCCUGUGAGUUGCAGAAGAUGUCUUACCUGGUCACAGGUAUGCAAGGCAUAGAACAGAGCCACGAACCCCAAGGAUGGAUACUGACUCUGUUUUUUCAGCCAAUUUUCUUGGAUGUACUUGAGGAAGGUGAAGCUGAUCACCAAGACC